GUGACGCUACCUGGUUGCCCAGCAACGUCCCAAUUUGGAGCGAUGGAGGCCAACAGCAGCAGGGAGCUCGAAGCCAGGAAUUAUUUGGAAAAACAUCGGAUUAUGGAGUUGCUGACCUAUCUCGCCAGCGCCCUCCUCUUUUUCCGGCCGGAAAAACCAAGAGAGUAUUUAAUAUCUAUAUUGGAACGGCUGAGAAUUGCCAAAGUAUCAGGCGUGGCUUUCCCUUUCUUUAUGGAUGACUCUAACAUUGCAGCCAUGUUUCAGAUGCUGGACUCCUCAAAUAAAGGAUCCAUAUCAUUUAUACAGUAUAAAGAAGCCCUAAAAACCCUGGGUCUGUGCACUGCAGAUGAAGUUUUAAAAGAUGAUGGACAUGGAAUAACUUGUGAAAAAUUCACGCGUGAAGUGAACAAGAGGACUCAGGAAAUAUGGUCAACAUUUUAAUAACACUUGGGAAAACAAAGGGAAAAGAUUCCGAGUCAUAUCGAAGUGCAGCUGAGCUGCUCCUCCUUCAUUGAAGUGAUUGGCAAGAAUAAUCUGAAAAAAAGGACAAUUCAUAUAGCAGUUACCUCUGUCAUCACAGCCCAAAAUACAGUCUACUCUUACUUACUUCUUGG